UUAUAACUGAGCGAUAAAGAUAAUAUUUGCUUAAAGUGGAUUUGCAUAUGCUGAUGAUUCUUCAAUGCACAUAGAAAAUAUUUUAAUGUAUCUCCCGAAAGUAGUAGGAUUUUGUAUACAUAUUUUACAGACACUCAGCACAUAAGCAAAGAACCACAUUAAUGUAAUUACCUCGAAUUAUAAAAUUGAUUCUUCCUCAAAUUAUCAACUUGUCAACUUGGAAUGUCAGUGAAAACAACAAAUAUAACCUCACUUCUCAUAGCGAUCAAAACAAAAGAUAUUUAAUUUGAACAUUUAUAUUUGCCUUUAUUAUUAAUUUAUCGUAUCGAAUUUAGUGAAACUUGAGCCGUUCAUUGUUCAGCUAGUUCACCAGUUACAAGAUGUCGAGUGCCCUGAUUACAGCAAAUUGGUUUCUAUUGGGACGAGAUUUGUAUUUCAGAAGGUUGGAAAUCUAUUCAAUGGAAUGGAACCAAGAAAUUAAAUUAGAAAACUUUAUUGUGUCUUCUGCAUCAUACGGAGGUCCCUUGGCGUUACGGCGAGAUGAUCGCAAGAUUACCAAAGUUCGUGGCCCUGGACAGCCAGUGAUUUCCAUAUUCUCUGGAUCUGGCAUGACAGUAACUUCAUUUAAAUGGACGCAAAGACCUAUCGUCCAUAUGGGUUGGUCGAACGAGGAAAAACUGAUUUGCAUCCAGGAUGAUGGGAAUGUAGUCGUUUUCAACAUGUUCGGGAAAUUAUUUCAUAAAUUCAAUAUUUUUCCAAAAGUACACGACGCUAAAAUUGUUGAUGCCAAAGUAUUCACCAACACUAAAAACGUCACUGGAAUUGCUGUAAUGACUUCGAAUUUCAACAUAUUUAUCGUUAAUAGCAUAAAGGAUAUCAAAACCAGGCAGCUUAGCGAUGUACCAAAAUCAACAGUAGAACCAACAUGUUGGGAGGUGGUUUCCGAAGAAUUCUCUACCGAUGUGUUUUUUGCAAGAGGAAAGGAGUUGUAUCGACUGAAGCAAGAUGAGCACCAUACCAGUGCGAUGUUACAACCAGAUAUUUCUAAUCCUUACUCUGCAAUCCUAGAAAUGGCCGUUUCGUUAAAUGCUCGUCAUUUAUGCUUCUUCACCGAUUCCGGCCAUCUUUGGUUGGGAUCUACCGAUCUACGCCAUAAAUACUGCGAAAUUGAGACGUAUACAAUCCAUAGGCCCAAGCAACUUGUAUGGUGUGGGAAUGAAACAGUUGUAGUUUAUUGGGAGCAGGAUCAUACGGUUUUGAUAGUUGCAAAAAAUGGCCAAUUCGUACAAGACACAUAUGACCAUGCUGUUCAUUUACUUGCUGAAAUUGAUGGUGUUAGGAUUAUAUCAAGCGCUCGUCACGAGCUGUUGCAAAAAGUUCCCGAAGUGGUUCAAAAGAUCUUUCGUAUCAACAGUACUGAACCGGGAAGUUUCCUUCUGGAAGCAUCUAAACAGUUCCAGAAAGGCAGUCACAAAGCGAACGAGUAUAUAACUUUGAUCAAAAGCAAAAGUAGUCUUGAAGAUGCGGUCAACCAAUGCCUGGACGCUGUAAAAUAUGAAUUUGAUACGGAUAUUCAGAAAAUGUUAAUCCGAGCUGCACAGUUCGGCAAAUGCUUUAUUUCUGGCAUGAAUUCCCACAAAUACGUAAAAAUGUGUUGUCUGCUCCGAGUAUUGAACGCCAUUCGCCAUUUUAAAGUUGGAAUUUCUCUUACUAUUGAGCAACUAAAAUACAUGAAGCUGCGGGAGUCUCCAAGUGCGGACGAGAAUGAGGCUUUGAAAAAUUUACUGGACCGGCUAAUAGUCAGAAAUAUGUAUUAUUUGGCCCUGCAGAUAGCAAAGUGUUUGAAACUUCCCGAAAGUGUAGGCAGUAGUUAUAUUAUGGUACAUUGGGCAAAAUAUAAAGUUGGACAACACCAAGCAGAUGAAGAAAUUGUAGCCCGGGAAAUAGCUUCAAAACUCGGCUAUUCAUCAGGUGUUUCAUACAGAGAAAUUGCGGAAAAAGCUUCAGAAUUUGGAAAAAAUAAGUUGGCGAUAAAGCUGCUAGAGUAUGAGUCCAAAGCAAGUGAACAAGUCGAACUGCUGUUGAAAUUGCACGAGAAUAAAUCGGCUCUACACAACGCAAUUGAAAGUGGUGACACUGAUUUGAUCUACAUGGUCGUGUUGAAGUUGCGAGAGAAAAUGCCGCUGGGUGAUUUUAAGAUGACUAUUCGUAACUUUCCAGUAGCACAAGCGCUUUACAUCAAAUAUUGCAAGGAAUAUUACAAAUCGGCUCUUGCGGAAAUUUAUAUUCAAGAAGACGAUUUUCCAUCUCAAGCUCAAAUGAUUAUAGAAGAAAGUCUGAGCGAUAAAAAUUCCCAUUUACGAGAUUCUCAAUUGACCGUCGCUAUAGAGGCGUAUAACAAGGGCAGAAAAGAUUUGUACGCCAGUAUGUGCGAGGAAACUUUGAAGCUUUCAAAAUUUCAAAGAGAAUUAGAAGAAAAAUUCCAGUCAGAAAAUAAGUUCGUGGGAAAAUCUGUGCAUGAUACAUGCAAAAUAUUGUUGGAGAUGAAAGACGUCAAAUUGGCCGAGAAAGUAAAGAACGAUUUUAAAAUACCCGACAAAAGAUAUUGGUUUCUGCGAAUAAAUACACUGGCAGCUCUAAAGGAAUGGAUUGAAUUGGACAAAUUUGCUAAACUGAAGAAGUCACCAGUUGGUUAUGGACCGUUCGUAGACGCGUGCUGGGCUAAUCACAAUAAGGAUGAGGCCCUUAAGUACAUGCAAAAAGUUCCUGAUGAUCUUAAGGCGAAGUAUUAUUUGAAAAUCGAGUGUUACAGUGAGGCAGCAGAGAUAGCAUUCCAGCAACGAGACAUUCAAAGCUUAUUAAGUGUCCAGUGUCGACUGGCCAAGAAAAAUCCGGAACUACUCCUGAAAGUGACGGGGAUGUUGAAUCAGUUGGAUUAUAAAAAUUAAAGUAUAAUCGGACAUUUCUCGAAACUGUACUUUAUAAAACCAUUGUACGUGUGAUAUGUUAUUUGAACUGUUAUAUAAAUAAACACUUAUAUCUAU